AUGGGAAACGUAUUGAUGCAAAAAUACGAAUUCGGGAAAAUGCUAGGGCAAGGUAACUUUGCUAAAGUUUACCAUGGUAGGGAUUUAAAAUCCGGCCAAAGUAUAGCCAUUAAAGUAAUCGAUAAAGAAAAGGUGUUAAAAGUUGGAUUAAUCGAUCAAACAAAGCGAGAAAUCUCCGUUAUGAAAAUGAUCAAACACCCAAAUGUAAUCCAACUUUACGAAGUCAUGGCUACAAAAACCAAAAUCUAUUUCGCAAUGGAAUACGCAAAAGGAGGUGAGCUUUUUGAGAAAGUAUCAAAAGGAAGGUUAAAAGAAGACAUUGCUCGAAAGUAUUUCCAACAAUUAAUCUUAGCCGUUGAUUUUUGUCAUAGUCGUGGUGUCUACCAUCGUGAUUUGAAGCCCGAGAAUCUUUUGUUAGAUGAAUUUGGGGAUUUAAAGGUGACUGAUUUUGGUUUAAGUGCUCAUGAUUCAUGUACGCGUGUAGAUGGGUUGUUUCAUACCACAUGUGGGACUCCGGCUUAUGUGGCGCCCGAGGUGAUUAGUAGGAGAGGGUAUGACGGGGGUAAAAGCGACAUUUGGUCUUGUGGUGUGAUUUUGUUUGUUCUUUUCACGGGUCAUCUUCCGUUUAAUGAUUCGAAUAUUAUUCAAAUGUAUAGGAAGAUAAGCAGAGCCGACUAUAAAUGCCCUAAUUGGGUCCCACCCGACGUCCGUAGGCUUUUAAAAAAAAUUCUUGAUCCGAAUCCCCUCACAAGAAUUUCCAUGAAAAAAAUCAUGGAAAAUCCGUGGUUCAAAAAAGGUUUAGACACCAAACACAGAGAAAUGUCCCUGUCUCUGUCAGCUGACGCAGACAGAGACAUUUCUGUAAAAAGGGAUAUAGUUCCAGUACCAAUACCGACAACCGUACCGACAACCCCUGAGAUGGCUCAAUGUUGUUUCUGGCAGGAGCCAAAGAAGUUGGAUUUCACGAAGGUGUCGAGUUUUAAUGCGUUUGAUAUUAUUUCUCUUUCGACUGGAUUUGAUUUAUCGGGUUUGUUUGUUGGAAAUGAUGAGAAAGAGGAAGUGAAAUUUACAUGUAGAAAGAUUGCUUCGGAUAUAAUAUUGAAAUUUGACGAAAUUGCCAAGAGUUUGAAGAUGGAAGUGGGGAUGAAGAAGGGAGGUAAGAUAAAAUUGAGGAAACCGAGUGGAGGGCGAAACGGGGAAUUGGGGAUUGAAGUUGAGGUUUUUGAAAUUACGUCGUCGUUUCAUUUGGUUGAGGUGACAAAAUCAUGUGGUGAUGCGUUGGAGUUUAGGAAGAUGUUGAAGGAGGAGAUUAAACCAGCUCUUGAGGAAAUUGUUUGGGCAUGGCAUGGUGAAUUACCAUAG